CCUUCAACACCCCGUUCGAGGAAUAUCACCGUCGCAUGGCUCCAUGUGGGACGGCAAGAUUAUGCCUGGCAGGACAGAAUCCUGCAGCCUUGGGCGAGCUGAUGAUCACCAACUAGGGCCUGCAGCUGAGCAUCUUCUCCAGCAAUGGGUAGCGCGCCACUCCAGGCUUCGACAUGACACUGACUGCGCAUUUCGCCGGUGCCUGAAUCAUUCAAUGUUUUUCAGGCAUACACAUUCAUGACCUCGACGUCUUUCCCGCGCCAACCUACACGUCCAUGAUACCCCGGUGCAUUUUGGUAGGAUUCAGCCCCGCGGUCUGACCCACGCGACAUCUACGCGAUCUACCAGAGCCAUCAACACAAGCACCGCGUUCAACGCCACGAAGAACGACAAUGAGCCAUACGUUUCCGAACCGAGGGAGUAGUAUCCCGUACACAUUCAACCCCGGAAGCAAUGCGACUGUCGACAUAACCAGCGUGCCCGAAAUAGGUGGCCCUACGAAGGACAGGUUGGUCGUCGGCGUUGACUUUGGAACCACCUACAGCGGUGUGGCUGCUGUAUAUAGUGCAACCCCUGACGACAUCGACAUCAUCAAGACAUGGCCCGGAGGGAACGGCAUCACUUCCGACAAAGUACCCACAGAAAUUGGUUACAGCGAAUCACCCCCCGCCAACGGCUCGACCUCCUCGCUCGAUGCGUCCGCGAAACCCGCGCAAAACAUAAAAUGGGGCUUUCAAUUCAAGCCAGAGGAGACGCGUCUCCGGUGUAUAAAGCUAUUUCUCGAUAGGAACCAGAAACUGCCGCAUUUUGUAUCACCGCUCGAAACUGCUGCGCAAUUACGCAAGUUUGAGAAGACGGUUAUGGAAGCAGUUUCCGACUACCUAUCGCAGAUAUACAAGCAUACGAUGGAAACAUUGACACGGAGAUACGGGGAGACGUUUAUCAGUUUGACCAAGGUUGAAUUCGUCUUGACAGUACCUGCUGUUUGGUCGGACUCAGCCAAAGAUGCGACGCUCAAGGCUGCGGAGAAAGCUGGCAUGGGCAACAGGCAUGAGCUGAAGCUCAUAUCGGAGCCCGAGGCCGCAGCGGUUUAUACCCUCAAGGCGAUACAACCAAACCAUCUCAAGAUCGGAGACAAUUUCAUUGUUUGUGAUGCUGGAGGUGGCACUGUCGACUUGAUAGCCUACAAGAUUACCCAACUCCAUCCUCUGCGUGUCGAAGAAUCGGCAGUCGGUACUGGCGGCCUCUGCGGCUCGACAUUUAUCAACUACCGAUUCGAAGACCACAUCAAGCAGCGCAUUGGCACCGAACGUUACAAUUGGAUGCGCGAAAAGAAGGUCAAGACUUGGAAUAUGGGCUUGAAGUACUUUGAGGAAUUUGUGAAGCGCAACUUCAACGAGGAGGAACACAAUGAGGUCAACAUACCUUUUCCGGGGCUGCCGGACGAUGAGGAAGCAGGAUUAGACUCUGGGUUCCUUGUCAUGAGCGCAGAGCAGGUCAAAGAAUUAUUCGAUCCAGUAGUCCAAGAGGUCAUUGAUCUAGUAGAAGGUCAGGUUCACAGUAUAAGAGCGAAAGGAGGUUUGGUGUGUGGCAUUGUCUUGGUUGGAGGCUUCGGACAGAGCAAUUACCUCUACGGUCGAAUGAAGUCUCACUUCAACAGCGCGCCCCCGCCUCCGUACACAGAAAGACCCACGCACGCUGUCGCAUUGAACGCCUCGCAGGCCGUCGAGAUAUACCACCCCAUACACGCAUGGACGGCGGUAGUACGAGGCGCAGUACUGCGCGGGUUGGAAGGCAAUAUGGUCAUUAGCAGAAGAAGUCGAUGGCAUUACGGAACCAGCUACGCGACAGUAUUCGACGAGGCAAAGCACCCCAUUUCCGAUCGAUAUUGGAGUCCGCUUUGGGAGCGAUGGAUGGUGUCCGAUCGCAUGCAGUGGCACAUCGCAAAGGGCGCACAAGUGUCGGAAAACCGACCCAUAUCCUUCCACUACACGCGCAACUUUCGCCCUGGCCAAUCUCUCAUCGUAGAAGACGACCUCAUAGCCUGCGACUCUGACACGGCUCCUGACUCCUUCAAGAAGGGUCUCAUCAACGUUUGUACACUUACUACCGACCUGAACACGGUGCCAAAGAGCUUGUUCACGCGGUUGACGACGACAAAGGGGGUGGAGUUUGAUAAUCUAGAUUUCACACUGGAUAUGCGGUGUGAGAGUGCGGGAUUGGUGUUUGAAUUGAAGGUUGAUGGAGUGAGAUAUGGAGGGGUCAGUGCGAAAUUCCAUUAAGGGGGGAAUACGAUAAAAGAAAGAGAUAGGGUGAGGGUAUGUAUGCAGAAUAGACGUCAAUAGCAAUAGAAAUGAACAUGAGCUAUCCGAU